AUGGACGUCCCCGGCGGCCGGGCGUACGGGGAGGAGCAGGAGGAGGAGCUGGACCCGGCGAGUACAGCCACUCUGCCUCAGCCUAAGUCACCCCCGCUGUCAGAUAUACCAAUCGGCGUCUCAUCUCCAUCGCCGCCUCCACCACCACCACCACCACGGCCGCCUAGUCAUCGUCUCCCGGAAGCAAAGGCGAAGACGAAGAAGAAGCAUCGCAAGGUGCAAGACGAAGACGGCAAGGUAAGGUUGCCACUGCUGGAGAAGAUGAAGAAGCAAGAGGAGAAGAGGAUGGAGGACAAGAAAGCGAGGGAGGCGGCGAACGGUGGAAGACAGCCGACUGAGCACGAGGAUUGGGACGUGUCACCAAAGCUGCUGCCGGCGAGCGAGGAUCCAGGGACGCCGCCGACGACGGAGCUGGUGACGAACAUGGCGGCCGCGGUGGUGGUGCUGGUGGGGAUCGCGCUGUCAGUUUGGCGCACCAUGAGCAGCAGCUAG